AUGAGUAAAACCUCCGUUAGCCCAAUUGAAAUGCAAGAGAAGGAAGCAGGAGGUUCUGCUGCAGCUUCUAUGAAGCCAACAACAACAGCCGAAGACGAAGAGGAAAGAAGAAAUAGUGUAAAAAUUGGAGGAUGGAAGUUUCCGUUCAAGUGGUUUCAUCUACUGACCAUGAUUGGAUGGGUUAUCAUGAUUGGAUUUAUGAUUUAUUAUAUUAUUAGGCAGGCGAUGAGUUAUAGUGAGGCAUUGGGAAAGCCAACCACUUCGAUGUCUUGGGAAUCAACUUUAAAACUAGCCUUACCAGCCAUCACGAAUUCAAAAUUAGAGUAUGCAAUUGGAAUGCAGGUCCCUCUGAUUGUGAUGCAUGUUGGAUCUAUUAUAGUGGGUGUUUGGAUUUUCAAAGUUCAAGGUGGAAGAAAUUAUCACUGCUAUGUGUUUAAUAAUAUCACAGAUAGCACCAAAGUAUUCAAAUCAUGGCUUACUGGUUAUUCUGGAAUGCGAAGGUUUAGAAGCUCAUAUGUUAGCGAUUUUUCCCUGAGAGAACCAAACGAAAAGGAAAUCAAGGCCAAUAUCAAAAGAAUGGGUUUUACAGUAUCAUUCCAUGAGCCUGGAACAACUCCAAACAUUCUUUCUGAAACCAACUAUGCCCAACCUGGAUUGGAUAACUUUUAUAUCCUAACAAAACAAGUUACUAAAAGGUUAAAUCCUUCAGUUGAACAUCAAAAUCUGGAAACUACUGAAUGGGCUUCCAAAAACACUGUUCUAAUGUCAACAGUUAGUAGUAAUACAUCCCUAACAGUCGCUGUUACUUAUGGCACCCUAAAUGUUAAUCAUAUUGAAGAAGUAUUGACAGUUUCAAUUGAAGGAUUAUUGGGAGAACUUGCAGGCAUGCUGGGAUUGCUUAUGGGAAUAGAUAUUUUAAAGACUAUAAGAGGUUUGCUUGAGAUACCUUUGAUAUUUAGAGAAAAGUCAACUAUGGAGUUGUGGGAUAAUUUCAAUUAA